UAUUUAAUAUUCGGGAAUAUCCCCUCGUGUGGUUGCACUCAUUUUGUCUUGAACACACUUUUGCACUAACACCGACCGCACUGCAACCACAACACCACAAAAACUAUCACCACCUGUCAUUACACUUCAGAAAACAACAACUCCAUCAUUAUCAACCACCAUAACCAAAUCAAACCAACCACACACACACACCCUCACGCAACCGCUAAAACCCCCACAACAAACAACAAAAAUGGCCAUCUCAACAGCCCUAACCUCCCUCCUAACCUCCAUCACCGAACUAAUCCAAUCCCUCUUCUCCGGCAUCUACUCCAUCUUCCACACCAUCUUCUCCGCCUUUUUCAAUCUCUUCUUCGGCCUGUUCGCCUUUGUCGGCGAUCUGUUCAAAGGGGUUGCGAAUACGUUGGGAGGCGUGGGGAGUUUUGUUGCUAGCAACUUCCUCAUUAUUGCUCUUAUUUCUGCCGCUGGUUUCGCCUACGUUCGCUACACCAGCCAAGGAGCGACUCAAGGACAAAAGGCGGCGAGUGUGGGGAGGAAGAAGGUCAAUUAGAGGGACAAAAAAGUUUGAGCCUAGUUUGUCGACUAUUGUUGAGGUUUGACAUGGGCAGAUUACGAAGGAAGGUUGGGGACGGAGGUUGCUUCGCGAUGAGAACGAGCGAAUGGUUGAAGAAUGAGAUAUUAUGAUGGAAGGAUACCCCGGAAAUGUUUUUGGAUGGUUUUACGAAUGGCUAUUUAGACUGAGUGCUUGGGAAGGAGUUGAGAGCUUGUUUACUUAUUGUUUUUGCGAGAAUGAUACCACGAUUUUGUCACCA